UAUUUGUGUGCUUAGAUUUUAUUAGGUAUGUUUAAAUUACACUUUUAGGGCGUUAUAUUAUAUAUGCAAAUCAUCUGAUAUGUAACCACAAUAUUUAUUACAUAUCCUUGAUAUUUUCCCAAUUUCCACCAUCUGAUAAGGAUUUUCACUGUCCAGUAUUCCCCGAUAUUCGAUAUUUAAAACUGUGCUCCUACUUGGCAUCUUUUUCACACUUGACUUUAGAGUUGCCAAAUAUCUUGUCUCUUUAACGUCUUUCUGAUGUCCUUUUAAUGUUUGUCAAAAAUGGUUCUGUUCACAUAUACACCUUCACUUUCAGAUUGCCAAACACCUCCUGUCAUUACAACGGUAUUUCUACGACUUGACUUUUUAACUUUUGUUUUAGCGCAUGACCGAUCAUGUUGUACACGUUUUGGAAUAAAUAUAUAAAGAACACACAGAAUGAUAUUUACAACUGAUAUUUUGGAAGUUUCCGAUGGGUUGAACAACUGACCAAUAAUUUCAGAGUUUUUGUCACUCAUUUUAUUUUAAUCAUUCAUCGUUCAUUUUGCAUGGAGACAUCUUGGGCUUUUUAGAUUUCCUUGAAGCUUUCCAAGUCUAACUCUUAUGUAUCUGCAUCCAUGCUUAAAGAUGUCGUAACAGUAAGAUUCAAUGGUUGGAGUCAGGAAGAUAAGUGGUCAUGGAAAAAGUCAUAAACUUGAUCCAUCUUAUGUUCAGUGCCUUAAUAGAUUGAGCACAUAGGUAUCUGAUGCACGUGAAUAAGUUUCAGAUCCAUUUGCAAAUUGAACAAAUUUUGUCGAUGGUGGUAAAAAGCUCAGACACAAUUCGCGAUAUUAAAUCAAAGGUUUUUGCACGGGAGGGACUGUCAGCGAGUGACCAAGAGUUAUUUUUUGAAGGCAACCACCUAAGUGACACAUCGAAGACAUUAGCUGACUACAACAUCUGCCAAAAUUCCAUGAUCAACCUUUUGUUUGGAGGCACUAUUCAAAUAUUUGUAAAGAUCCUUUCAACUGGGAAAACUUUGAAGCUCGUGGUGAACGACAAAGAUACCAUCCAAAAUGUGAAGGCUAGGAUUGAAGCUAUGGAGGGAAUUUGUCAGAAUCGUCAAGGACUCAUCUACAUGGGAAAAUCUCUUGAAGAUGACCAUUCAUUACUUGCUUGCAAUAUACAAAAUGGUUCAACCCUCCAGAUGAUUCUAUGUCCAGUGGAUAAGUUUGAUAUCUUACUCUGCACAAUGAAUGGGAAUCUUAUAAAACUUGAAGCAAGAUCUUGGUAUACUAUCCGAGAUAUCAAGCUGAUAGUUGAGGGUAUGAAGGAUAUUGAUGCAACCAAACAAAGGCUUUUUUGUGAUGUCACAGAGCUGGAGGACAGCCUCACGCUUUCCGAAUGCAGAAUAUUCGAUCGGACAAUUCUUCACUUGCAAGUUGACAUGUAGAUAUUGAUUGAGAUUUGGAAUCGGAGGACUAUCACAUUAACGAUUGAUAGUUAGGAUUUCAUUGGUUCGGCCAUUCGGAAGAUUGAAGAAGAAAUGCCUGUGAGCUUCUGCAUCAAUUAAUAAACUUUAUCUUUGGAAGUAUGAGAUCAGCUACUUUAAAACUUCUGGUGACGUUUGUUCUGGUCUUUCGAAGGUAAUAACGUAUUGGGAUGUUUUCAAGUUGUUAAAGCAAUAAUCUUUUUGUCUUUCCUUUUAUGUGCAAAAAACUUGAGCAUGAGUGAGUUUAUGGAAAUCUAUGCUAAUGGUUUUGAUUGUUAAAAUUUCCUUAUAUCUUCACUAGUGUUUCAACAUAUGGGCAUUUUAUGCGUUUGAUCAUCUUUGGAUGAUUUCUUUAGUUUAUUUGUCGUGUUUCUCUGCAGAGUGUAAUACUGAUGUUUCUAUGAUUUUUAUCUCAACCUCAAUUGUAAGCUUGGCGUUU